AUGAAAAAGUCUCCAUUGCCAUUGCAAAAUUUAUGCGGGCCUGAGAAGCAAUUGAUCAAGAAGGAACAUUUAGUAAAGCUUUUGAGAUGGCAUUUUGGGCAUUCUGAUUUCCGAGGGAAGCAAUUGGAAGCCAUUGACGCUGUUUUAUCAGGUAGAGAUUGUUUUUGUCUAAUGCCAACUGGUGGAGGGAAGUCGAUGUGCUAUCAGAUUCCUGCUCUAGCAAAACCUGGGAUUGUGCUCGUGUUUCCUUGUGAGUGUGCCAGGACAAAAUCUGAUUGCUCUUGCUGGGAUUUCUGUUUGAUUUCAGCUCUUAUGGAAAAUCAAGUAAUGGCGUUGAAAGAUAAAGGAAUUGCUGCUGAAUAUCUCUCAUCAACCCAGGUUGCUAAAGUCAAGAAUGAGAUAUAUGAAGAUCUUGAGUCGGGAAAGCCGUCUUUGAGGUUACUGUAUGUUACACCUGAACUGAUUGCAACAUCAGGGUUUAUGGCAAGGCUGACAAAGAUUCAUUCCAGAGGGUUGCUAAAUCUUAUUGCGAUAGACGAGGCACAUUGCAUCUCAUCAUGGGGCCAUGAUUUCAGGCCUAGCUAUCGCAAGCUUUCUUCUUUGAGGAAUUGUCUGCCCAACAUACCAGUUUUGGCGUUGACUGCUACAGCUGCUCCUAAAGUGCAGCAGGAUGUGAUAGAGUCCUUGUGUUUGGAAAACCCUCUCGUCCUGAAAUCAUCGUUUAAUCGCCCUAAUAUUUAUUAUGAAGUUCGUUACAAAGAUUUGUUGGACAAUCCCCAAGCUGAUUUAUGUAAUUCUCUCAAGUCCUUUGGAAAUAUUUGUGCAAUUGUUUACUGCCUUGAGCGCAAGACGUCCGAUGAUUUGGCUGCUCAUUUAUCAAAGAAUGGAAUUUCUUGCUCUGCAUAUCAUGCUGGAUUGAAUAGUAAAUUGCGGAGCUCUGUUUUGGAUGAUUGGAUCUCCUCCAAAAUACAAGUAGUUGUGGCGACAGUGGCUUUUGGGGAGAAGGAGAAGUACAUAUUCGAGAUAGAUGUUGACAGUUGUGAUUCUUAG